AUGAAAUUUAAGAAGUUCUUCGAUUUCGGCGCCAUUUUCGAGUGGAUCGAGAGAAACAAAACACAAACCCCCUCUGGUCUGGAUGGGCUGCCUGGAACUGAUCCCUCCGAGGGCCGGAGCGGGGGCCCCCAAAAGGGCUCCUGUCUAGGGAGGAGGAGGUUGCAGGGGCCUGGAACUGGGUGGGAGUUGGGAUCAGCUGCCCGAAACUCCCGCUCUCCCAGACUCCUUUGCACCGAGGGCAGUCGCAGGACGGUUUGUGGCCCUUCUGUCCGCCGCGGACCCUCAGGCUCCCAGAAGCGCCAGGAUCCAGACAACUUGGCCAAGCCCGGCUUCCCGCAGCGGCCAUCGCCCCUCAGAGCCGCGAUCCCCAGGCCGGGAAGCCCUGGAGUGGGCUCCCGCCCUCUCAGGCUGCCCCAAGUCCCCUCAGGCCCGCAAUCCCCAGGCCUAGCCGGCGAACAGGUUCCCACCCCUGCACAUGGAAGUGGGGAGGCAUCUCGAGGCUGCCCUCCUGCCUCUCACCAGCUUCCCUUCUCCCUUUCUCCCUGCUCUAUACCGGUCCCCCUCGAGCCAGAAGGAGACCCGGUGGCACCCAGCCCUCCGGGAGGACCUGGCCCGCGCCAUCCAGCUCCUUCCAGUGGGCGCCUGCAGGACCCAGAAGUUCAGCGGCCCUUUGCCCAGGCCGCCCCCGCAAGAGGCAUCGAGAUUGAGGGCGUCCAAACUGCCCUCUGA